UUUUCCCUCAACAUGGCCAACUGGAUUGUUAACCAUGGACUGGAUCUCUUCAUUCUGGUGGUCUGGAUGGGCAUCAACACCUUCUUGUUUGUGCACUACUUCAUGUUCUAUGACCUGCAGCCUCAGUUUUACUACACGCGCCAGCUGCUAGGGUCUGCGCUGUCCUGGGCAAGAGCUCCUGCUGCCGUUCUCAACUUUAACUGCAUGCUCAUCUUACUGCCAGUGUGCCGCAACCUUCUGUCCAUGAUCCGGGGCUCCUUCAUGUGCUGUGGAAGAACAAUGCGGAAACAGCUGGACAAAAAUCUAACGUUUCACAAGCUGGUGGCCUACAUGAUUGCCCUGAUGACCGCUGUUCACACUAUUGCCCAUUUGUUUAAUGUGGAGCGGUACAUCAACAGCAGAAAGGGGCUGUAUGGUCCCCUUGCUGGUAACCUGUCAAUGCUUGGGGAUGACCAUCAUGAAGAUGAUAAUACAGAUGAUGAUGAAGACACCACUUACCUAAAUCCUGUACAGUCUACACAUGUGCUUGUACCACAGACUCCCCUUCUGUUCUUGUUCACCACUAUCGCUGGCCUCACUGGAGUCGUCAUCACCCUCGCUCUCAUCCUCAUGAUCACCUCAUCGAUGGAAGUCAUUCGGAGAAGCUACUUUGAGGUGUUUUGGUACACCCACCACCUUUUCAUCAUUUUCUUUGCAGGCCUCGUCUUUCAUGGAGCAGGGCGCAUAGUGCGAGGCCAAACCAAUCUGGCAUCUCACAACGACACCUACUGCCAAAAUUACCCAGAGAAGUGGGGCAAGAUUCCUGAAUGCCCCUUUCCUCAGUUUGCUGGGGGGUUUCCACAGACUUGGAUGUGGGUGCUUGGUCCUAUGAUCAUUUACAUAUGCGAGAGCUUAGUGCGAUUUAUCCGCAACAUGCAGACUGUGAGGUACAAAAAGAUUGUGAUGCAUCCAUCCAAAGUCCUGGAGCUGCAGUUAUUGAAGUCUGGCUUCAAAAUGGAUGUUGGACAGUACGUCUUUCUGAACUGUCCAGCCAUUUCCCAACUAGAAUGGCACCCGUUUACAAUGACCUCUGCCCCUGAGGAGGAUUUUUUUAGCGUACACAUUCGGAGGGCCGGGGACUGGACGGAUAAUCUUAUCAAUAUGGUGGAGAAUUUACCAGAAGGAUGUCAAGGUCCCAAAUUAGGAGUGGAUGGACCUUUUGGAACAGCCAGUGAAGACGUGUUUGAUUACGAAGUGAGCAUGUUAGUCGGUGCUGGUAUCGGAGUGACCCCAUUUGCCUCCAUUCUGAAAUCCAUCUGGUACAAGUUCAAAGAUUCCAACCCUAAACUGCGCACCAGAAAGAUUUACUUUUACUGGGUGUGCAGAGAGACCCAUGCUUUCGAGUGGUUUGCAGAUCUGCUGCAAGUGCUGGAGAGGGAAAUGGAAGAAAGAGGAAUGAAAGAUUUCCUUACGUACAAACUCUACCUCACUGGAUGGGAUCAUACACACCGAGUCCAUGUGAUGGUGCACUUUGAAAAAGAUACUGAUGUUAUCACUGGUCUGAAGCAGAAGACUCACUAUGGAAGACCAAACUGGGAUAAAGAAUUCGAGGAUGUGCGACAGGAGAACCCUUCGUCAGUGGUUGGCACGUUCCUGUGUGGCCCCGUCUCCUUAGCAAAAGACUUGGAAAAGAAAUGUGCAAAAUAUUCAGACGUGGAUCCACGAAAGACCAAAUUUUACUUCAACAAAGAGAAUUUCUAA